UUCACCAUUUCAAUUGGAUUAAUUCUUUACGUUAUUGUGUUACUACUUUAGACUUUCUUGGCUGAGUAAAAAUGAUUUGGCAUUUUAAAUUGGCUUUUGUUGCGAUUGUACUCUUGUCGUGUUGUUUACUGUUUAUAGCCGCUGCAAUUUUGAUUGUUAUCGCUGCUAGAUGGUUUGUCAGCAAACGUGGAAGAACAAAGAUUGAAACGCUACCUACUAAUGACUUAAAAUCUUCAACUUCUUCUAAAACCAUUGCAUUUUUUCAUCCGUAUUGCAAUGCCGGUGGUGGAGGGGAAAGGGUUCUCUGGACAGCAAUACGAGCACUUCAGAGGAAUAUUCUCAUUUAAAGUUUGUAAUUUACACUGGAGAUGGUCAUGUCACUGGAGAUGACAUAUUAAAAAGAGCAAACGAACGAUUUAACAUAUCUUUAAAACAAUCUGUGAAGUUUGUAUUUCUUGAGAAACGUGAAUGGGUGGAGGCUCGUCAUUAUCCUUUUUUAACGUUACUCGGGCAAAGUAUUGGAUCUAUUUAUCUUGGCUGGGAGGCACUUAUGAAAUUUAAUCCAGAUAUUUAUAUUGAUACAAUGGGUUAUGCAUUUACCUUGCCACUUUUUAAAUACAUUGGCAAAUGUGAUGUGGGUUGCUAUGUUCAUUAUCCAACAAUCAGUACAGAUAUGUUGUCAAAAGUUAGUGACAGAAGAGCAACAUAUAACAAUGCAUCAUUCAUAGCUAGAAGUAAAGUUUUAAGUUAUCUUAAACUAUUAUACUACAAACUGUUUGCAUACGUCUAUGGAUUGGCCGGGUCAUGUGCUGAUGUUGUCAUGGUGAACUCCUCAUGGACCCUGGAACACAUUAGGACACUUUGGGGAAAAGAUGUAUCAACAGUAUUUCCGCCUUGUGAUACAAGAGCUUUUCUCAACAUUAAGAGGAAAGAUGUUGAAUUAAAAUUGAUAAUUUCUAUUGGUCAAUUUAGACCUGAAAAGGAUCACGCAUUGCAAAUAAGAUCAUUUGCUAAAUUCCUACAAAAAAUAUCUAAUGACAAACGUAGGUGCUAUAAGCUUGUUUUAAUUGGUAGUUGUCGUAACGAAGAUGAUUCUAAACGUGUUGGUAGUUUGAAAGUUUUAGCGGCUCAGUUGAACAUCAAUGAACAUGUGGAGUUUGCAUUAAAUGUCACAUUCAAAGAAUUAAAAAAUCAUCUUUCAAUGGCUACAAUAGGUUUACACACCAUGUGGAAUGAACAUUUUGGUAUAGGUGUUGUUGAAUGCAUGGCUGCUGGGGUUAUUACUCUUGCACAUAACUCUGGUGGACCUAAGAUAGAUAUUGUCACAGAAUGGAGAGGUGCACCUACAGGUUUCUUGGCCGACUCUGAGGAUUCUUAUGCGACAUUGAUGUAUGAUAUUUUCUCAAUGGGUAACAAUGAAAAAACAGAGAUGAGAAACAGAGCAAGAGAGUCAGUUGAAGCCCGCUUUUCUGAAAAAGCUUUCGAAACUAGAUUUAUCAAAUGCAUGAGUGCAGUCAUUGAGGAAAGUAAAGAUUGACGUUUUGAAACAGAGAGUAAAAAAUAUAGCCAUGGCACAACAAUCUUUAAUGUAUUAACUAUACAUAGCUAGUUAUCACAGUGCUAAAGUGUGACAUGAAUAAUAAUAAAUUGAAUUUUAAAAUCACAA